GGGGAGGAUGAGGCGCGGGAGGAUGGGCAGGCCAUGAAGGCGGUGUGAAGGGGCAGGGGGUCCAGCCUCACUUUCCCCGACCUUGUCCUGAGGAGACUGCUGACCCGCCAUCCCUUCCUCGGUCACCCUCCAGGCCACCUGACCCCCCCUGACCCGUGGCCUCCAAAAUGGGGGUCGCCCCCCUCACCAGCUAGGCCGCCUGCCAUGUAGGUCAAUCAAUCAAUGGUAUUUAUUGAGCUCUUACCGUGUGCAGAGCACUGGACUAAGCGCUUGGGAGGUGCAAGUCGCCCAACCCAACGGCAUGGAGACCCCAGCCCCGGGGGCCGAGGAUGGGGAGGUGACCUCGGGCCUGAAGGCCUUGGCCGUGGAGGAUCCCAUAGGCCUUUGCGCCCCGGUCUUGCCAACCCUCAAGGAUGGCGGGGGCAAGCAGGACCAAGGGGAAGGGGCUGUGGGGGAGAGUCACGAAGAGGAGGAGGAGAUUCAGGGGCAACCAGCAAGUGGAGAAGAGGAGGAGGAAGAGGAGGAAGAGGUGGAGGAUUGGUGCGUGGCCUGCAGCGAUGAGGAGCUGGAGCCGCCCCAGGCUGGGGAGGCCUGGAUGCCACCCCCGGCCGACAUCCGCCGGCUCUAUGAGCUCCUGGCCAGCCAUGGCACCCUGGCACUGCAGGCCGAGAUCCUCCCCCGACGCGUCCCCACCCCCGAACCCCCCAGUGAGGAGGACAAGUCCGAUGAGGAGCCCGAAGCUGAGGAAGAGGAAGAGGAGAAGCCCCACAUCCCCACGGAGUUUGACUUCGACGAUGAGCCGAUGACGCCCAAGACGGCCCUGAUCGACAGAAGGCGCAACCCAGGCAGCUCGGCCCGGAGUCAGAAGCGAGAGGCCCGGCUCGACAAGGUCCUGUCGGACAUGAAGCGCCACAAGAAGCUGGAGGAGCAGAUUCUGCGGACGGGCCGCGAUCUCUUCAGCCUGGAGGCCGAGGAGGAGCCCGCCCGCUCCACCGCCCCGGGCCGAACCCCGGGCGGCGGCCUCUUCCUGCGGCAGCGCAGAUACUGACGCGGACUCGGGGGGCCUGGGGUUCGGGGGGGGGGCGGCGGGCCCACCCGAGGGACCCCGCCAGGCGCCCCGCUCUCCCGGUCCCGGCCUCGGGGAGCCGGGGUGGGGGCGGAGAAGGGAUGGGAAAGUCGGUGGCUCUCACCGGGAGGCUGCAAUGCCACGCUCCCGUUGUUCCCAAUCUGCUGUUUGUGUCUGAAAUAAAGCUCGGAAGAAUCGUCCCUCCACCGAGAGGAGAGGAGAGCG